GAGAGGAAAAACAGAAGGCAUGCAUUCAGGGAGGAAUGGCACUUCGUUGGCCUUAUUCGAGUGGAAAGACAGAAGGCAUGCGUUCGGGGAGGAAAAAAAGGUCAAAGAUGGCACCUCCUUGGCAUGUAAGGAAGCAGUCUCAAGAAUCACUUCAGAAGAAAACCGUUUUCUCACCGGAAAGGAAGAGGCAGAAAAGGUACAAUGGAGGAGAAGGAGGCGCCGUGAACAGACGGCAGCUUAUCCGGACUACUGCAACACAGAGAAAGCGAGAGACAGAGGAUGCAUGGCCGCUUCGCAGCUCACCGGAAAGGAAGAGGCAGAAAAGGUACAAUGGAGGAGAAGGAGGCGCCGUGAACAGACGGCAGCUUAUCCGGACUACUGCAACACAGAGAAAGCGAGAGACAGAGGAUGCAUGGCCGCUUCGCAGCUCGAAAUGGGAAUCAAAGAACAAAAAUUAAAAAUAUCAAUUUUAGGUUUAAACUCACAGAGUAAGCUCACAGCGAAGCAUGCACUUAACCGGAAGUAAAAAGAAGAGUAAAGAAAAAAAGAAUACAACGGAGGAAAAUGAAGAGAACCAAAUGAUACCACUGCAACCCAGAGACCGAAAUAGAGCAAACAGAACAAUACCGUCAAGAAGAAGGAGAGAGAGAA